AUGGCAGACACAGAAAGAGUGGUUCCGGCUGAUCCUCCCACCGAGAUAUCGACGCCUACAAAGCCCAAACAUGUUGGACCUAGACCUCCGUCUAAGUUCCAGCAACUGAACAAACUUUACGGGCUUCCUGCUCCCAUACGCACAUUUCCUCUUCCCACUCUCAUACCUCAUAAUCCACUUUCACUCUUCCAUAUUCUUUUUGUUUGGUUGUCACAGACAAUCAAUCCUCCCUCGUCACAUUUUGAUACCCUUUACCAUGGCUGGUUCUCGCCUGAGACACGAUCUAUUCACAUUACAGAUUCUCGGUCUAUCAGAGGUCUCUGGGAGCAAGGUUUCUAUGGGAAAGGAAGUCUGAGUCGCAGUGAACCGAGUUGGCUGACGCGAGAGAAAAAACGACGAGGUGUUUCGAAAGCGAUUGCGAGUGAGGAUGUGACAAGGAAACGACGCGCCGAUCGCCAACAAACCAAGUGGGAGCGGGCGAGAAAAGAAAGAGAAGCUAUUGAUCAGACUUUAUUAGCAGAAGCAAGGGCAAAUGAAUUACCAAAUUCGAAUUUUAUCGUUGCAGCAGAGGAUGAAGUCAUAGUCCAAGUUGACAAUCUCACCGCUCUUGCUGAGCAAAGACAAGACGCACAAAUUGUUGAAGAGCCAUUGUCCAAUUGCUUAACUGGUAUAGAUGACGCUACUUCAUCUGAUAUUCCAAUACUCGAUGCGCCCACUGGUCCCAUGCAACUUCUUGCUCUACCAAACUCUUCCAUCGAGGUCAUCAAAGCAGAUAUUAUUGAAGACCCAUUGCCUCAGUAUGUAGUGAAUGCCGAUAAGGUUACUUCAUUAAGCGUGGCAUCAUUCAUUGCUCCUACCGGCCCUAUGUCGAUUCUUGCUUUGCCAAAUUCUCUCGCCGAACUCGAUUCCUCAAGAAACCGAAACUGUCCACACUCCUCGUCCCCGUCAACAGUCAUUUCAACAAUGGCAGAACCUGUCGUUAAAUCUAAUGUACCUUCAGCCCCGGUUGGUCCAUUGGAAUUGCUAGCUCUGCCAAACUCCGCCACUGAUGCUUUUGCAACAUAUGAUGAACUGAAUUUUGGUAUUGAAAAGGACAACGUGCUCUUGGAAGGAGCCAUCACUCCCCCUACAUCUGUUGAGAUGGAUAUCAGUUUGGUCUCUUUACCUGAAAGUAUGGGAGUAGAAACACAAGAAAAAGUGUCAGCGACCAAUGACACCCUACUCAAUGGCACAGCAUCCAUCGACAAUCGUGCUGACGUCAACACAUAUGCUCCAAUGACCCCAGUUUCAGCUAUUUCGGCCCAGAACAGUGGAUCUGAUGGUGACGUACCUGGAAACGGCUCGUCAACAUCGGCGAUCGACCUUCAGAAGAGCGUUCGAUUCUCUACAACUGUGGAACAAACCACUUUCUUGCCAUCACAACCACCCAGUCCUGGGCGCACUGUUGCAAGUACAGAAGAAAAACCCCAGGCAAUUUCCGAACUUGCUUCGGACGAAGAAAUGGUUAUUGAAGAUAAGGAGCAUUUCCAAUUGACAAUGGAAGAAGCUUUCUUUCUUUCUUAUGGGUUAGGAGCGCUUACAGUCCUUGACCCCGUCACCAAAUCUGCUAUCACGAAUCAGGAUUUGUUCUCUCUUUUCAGAAAGUCAUCUUAUUUCCCACCUGUUUCAAAUCCUAGUUUGUCAACAGAUGAUCCAUUCCUGGUCAAUUAUGUUGUUUAUCAUCAUUUUCGUUCUUUAGGUUGGGUUGUUCGCGGUGGAACAAAGUUCUCCGUUGACUAUCUGCUAUACAAUCGUGGACCAGUCUUCAGUCAUGCUGAAUUUGCUGUUUUGAUUCUGCCAUCAUACAGUGAUCCUUACUGGUCUAGUGGUCCAUUUUUACAAAACUACGUGAAAGGCAAGCAAGAAAAAAGCUGGUCGUGGAUGCAUUGCAUCAAUCGAGUUAUCACACAGGUUAAGAAGACUCUGAUAUUGGUUUACGUGGAUAUACCCGCUCCUGUCGAUGGAAGCGCGAAGGAAAAUAACGUUGAUAGAUUACUUCAAAAGUACAAGGUGAGGGAAGUUGUCCUCAAACGUUGGUCACCCAACCGCAGCCGGGACUAA